AUGCUAGACCUCCAUGAUCACCCCUGCCACCGCGAGUUGAAGUUGCCCUGCCACCACGAGUUGAAGCUGCCCUGCCACCACGAGUUGAAGCUGCCCUGCCACCACGAGUUGAAGUUGCCCUGCCACCUCGAGUUGAAGCUUUACGACCACCGCGAGUUGAAGCUGUACGACCACCGCGAGUUGAAGCUGUACGACCACCGCGAGUUGAAGCUGUACGACCACCGCGAGUUGAAGCAGCACGACCAGCGCGACUGGUUCGUGAGUUCGACGACCUACUGGCUUCACGGCGCGCAGCGUUAA